UUCACCAAGUCUUGGGUAUUUUUUAGUAGCGUUAAACUAUACUUAGUUUUCAACUCGAUUGGCAAGAACGGCAAUAUUAAAAUUUCAACUCUGGUAUAAAAUUCGUUUUAAUUAAUUUUAUUUUAAAACUGACUUGUAAAUUGUUUUGUCGUUAUUAAAAAUAAAAAAAAUAAUUCAAGUAUUAACUUUAAAAGUGUACAGCUGAAAUGUCAAGUGUUUUGAAGUAGCGGUGGACUUUUUGCGAUUACAGUGCACGCAGUGACAAAUUAAAUGCGACGCAUAUUUUAUUCUGAUGUAGUACAUGUGGCCACACUGUAUACGCCGAGUGGGCAACAACAGCAGCUGACGUUAUCAGUGUUUACAAAACGGUGGCGGCCAUUUGUUUUUGCGGUUAUCACAAAUUGCCGACGUACCUGCUGUCUCUGGUUAGACUUCCGGUCGGAUUGUAUUAUUAUACAUUAUUUUUUUUUCUAUAGUCGAUAAAACACUAAUCUAGUCGCUGGUGAGCUCGCGCAAGUGAUAACUCGGGUAGACGGUAACGAGUGGAAAAAAAAAAAAGAAAACAUAGCAAUGGAAACGGAUAGUAAAUGAAUACACUAUUGUUACCACUAUUGUAGUAUUAUCAAAAAAUUAUGGCGAUCGUCGAUUGAUGAACCGUCGUCGGUCGUAGUCGGCAAUUUCCGUACGUGGGUAUGUCGUGUGUUUUUAUUUUGAAAAAUUAAAAAAAUAAUAAUAACACAACGUCGAACGAUAAGAAAAAUCGGUUUUUUUUGAUAAAUAAAAUAUAAUACAUAGUAUGUCGGUGACCGAAGACGGACGACGCGCUCAGCCGUCGUUGUCGGGUUACUCGGAAGACGAUCAACAACAACAACAACAACUCGGACUUCAACAACAACAGCAACUGCAGCAGCAGCAGGUGGCGGCGACGGCGGACGAUCGCCGGCCGCUGCAGCCGCACCGUCAUUCGGAAAAUGUCGCCGACCAGACGGACAUGGCCGAGACCGACACGAGGGCCGCCGACGGCGACGUCGCCGCCGUGAAAGAAAGCCCGGCCGACGACGAAGCGGACGGGUCGGUCGUCUCCGUGUCCGCCGCUGCCGCGUACACGACCGCCGCCGAACAUGCGGCCGCCUCCGCCGCCGUCGCCUCCACGUCCCAAGUGCAAGUGUCCUCCAUACCGGUUGGCCAGCUCAUUAACGUGUCGGCCGCGGGCACGUUCAACGUGAUAUCGGCCGAGUCGCUGCAGCUCUCCGAGUCGGGAGACUUCAAGCCUCUCUUGUGUGUAGACAACAGCUAUUUAAACUGUAAUUCUCGGACACAAGCAGACAGCGAUACUUGGCGUACAGUUGUUCGAGCCGAGGACGGUACUCUUAAGACUGCUCAUAUUGUCAUUAGACAAGACAGUUCCACUAGCAAUAACGUUCACGAGGAAGACGCCGAACAAAAUGUGUCUUCUCCACUUAGAACGGUUCCAUGUUAUUCGUACACCGAAGCUGCCAGAUUACCAGUAUUACCUAUUCGAUGCAAAACGACCAAUGCCGAGUUGCAUAAGAAGAAAUUCGGUUCCGGUUGUCGUGGCAAAUGCAUCAGGUACACAAACCAGUGGUAUACACCAAGCGAAUUCGAAGCGUUGUGCGGUCGAGCGUCCAGCAAGGAUUGGAAAAGAAGUAUUAGAUUCGGCGGCCGCAGUUUGCAAACACUUAUUUACGACGGCGUCUUGUUACCACACGCCAUGAGCUGUACGUGUGCAGCGUGCUGUGACGACGAAUCUGCGACCGGUCCAGUUCGACUGUUCACACCGUACAAAAGAAUACGCAGUAAAAAAGCGUCCGGUGGCGGCUGCAAUUCUAAAAAGAAAAAGCUCGACGACGGCACGUGCUUGAGUAACGACGAAGACAGUUGCGACAGCAGUCCUGGUGUUUCGCUGGACAACGGGGACAUUGGCAAAGAGGACGAUCAUUCGAGCAUGCUAAUUCACGCUGCCGACGUACCCCAGAUGGACAUCGUGCAGCCGAACGAUUCGUUUGAAGACAUUUUUAAAAAACUAGAAAACAUGUCGUCGAGAAUGAUGAAGAUGGUCAAUCAUUUUCAUAAUUCCAUGCGAGUGGCCAAGUACAAAUGGAAUACGGAAAAACAACAGUUGUUGGACGAACUCAAAAGAGCCAAAGACAACUGUAUAGACAACAGGAAUGAUUUCGACGUGGAAACAAUUUCUAGCGUAACGGCCGGCCUUCAACCGAGUAGCGACGACUUGCCGGACGUUAAAAAAUGCGCCAAUUGUAACAGAGACGCGUUUGCCGAGUGUUCGCUUUGUCGCCGCACGCCGUACUGUUCUACGUUUUGCCAAAGCAAAGACUGGAACAAUCACCAAGUGGAAUGCGACAGUUCGCAAGGAAGCAUAAUGCUCAUCGUACAAACCCAAGAAUGAAUAACAUAUAGCUUGUGCGUGGCCGUUGUGUUCGUAAACACAAUUUAUUCCUAAUUAUUUGUUUCUCGAUUCUCAUAAUAUUAUAACCUCUUUUUCUUUGUUGAAUAUUUGUAUGAAAAUAAUUGUUAAAACCGACCAAGUCUGCAUUGUAACGUCGAUCGUUGUCUUCUUCUUUUAUUUAUUUAUUAUUAUUAUUAUUAUUAUUAAGUUAAAAUUACUCAUUGUUUAUUGUUUUAAUAUCGCGCCGCUUUGGACGUGUAACGUAUGAAACAUCAUUUUACCGAUUAAUCGUUUCAUUUUUUAAACCAAUCACAAUUUUUAAUUUUCAGAUUGAAAAUUUAACGAUAAGAUAUCGUAGUCGGAUAAAUUUUAUUCGUUUAUCAUGUUCAAUCGAGUCGAUACUAUUCUGGUAAUUUUAAACUAUUUUUAAUGUAUAAAAGAACUGUCUGUACAUUUUAAUACACAAUUUGCAGUGUUGAGAUGACGAUAAAUAUUGUAAAAACAAAAUAACAAUAAACUAUGG